UUGGAACAAUAAACAUUUGCAAUUAGCCAGCUAUGGCCAGCUAGGGCCAGCUAUAAACUACUCGACCAGGGGAAGGGCGUGGUAGAAGUGUUGGAGGUGGCUGUGGCCCUUCAUGGACUGCCGCGACGCCGACACGUCGAUGGAGUACCGGCGCCAGAUCUUCACGUCAAACACGUACAAAGUGUCGUGAUACUCGAAGAUGAGGAUGCCGGACAGGACGGCGGACGGUUUGUCGAGGUACAGCACGUUGUUGACCUCCCACUUGUGAAAGUUAAAGUUGUAUUUGGCGACGGCAGGCAAGAAGAACGAGCUCGCCUUGUGGGGCCCGUCGCGAUGCUCGUAGAACUUCCACUUGAACAUGUAGGCAAAGCAGCACCCCGCAAACGUGACGAGGACAAUCCCGUAGAAGCGCGAGGGAAUGCCAUACUCGAACAAGCCACUCGAACACUCGACGUCCAUGUCGACCGACGUCAGCGUGCAUACGCGGCCGACACGCGCGAUGUGGUGCACCGGCGUUAUGGCACUCCACAGCCCCGAGCUCACCCACGACAACUGGCCGCUGUUGGCCAGCAACUGAACUGCCAGCAUCUUGAACACCUUGUUUUGGAUGUUGCACUCGGCCGUGUGCUCCUUCAUGAUGACCGACGCAACGUCGUCGAUGACAAAGACAAGCCAACUCACUUCGGACGUCGACAGAAACGUGGUGAACCACGGAUACGUGUCGGCAUAGAUGCUCGUAAGGACAGGAGACUUGAUCAGCUCCAUGUUGGCCGUUGCCAAGACCGAAAUCGCCGAACACGCACGCAGCAAGAUCAUGGGCCGGCCUACCCAAACGAGUCCCGCCACCAUGUUGAACGUUCCGAUGUUGCCGUACUCGACGUCGCCUUUGUUGGUCACGAUGUACACGCAUACGACGGCGGCCACCAUCAUGAGCACCCCCGUGAUGUACUGACUCAACCGGUACGAGUAGAAGGAAAAGCUCAGAGGGAGCUCGCGGGGGUUGGCCGGGUUGCGCUGGACGGGGAGCGGGUUCGACAGCGUUGUAAUCGCGUCCUUCUCGCCCUGGAACGCCACGGCCUCCCGCCUCCCUUCGACCCACUCGAACAAGUAGACCCACGCUGGAAAGGCCACGAGGGGGUUGGCCAUCAGCGCGACGCGAGAUAGCUCGACGAUGCUGUCCUCGACGAUCACGCCGUCCGCCGCGUUCGUUAAGAACUGGAUCAUCUCGAGCUUGAGGUUUGUCCGGACUUCUGUUUCUACCGCCGCGGCCAUCGUACGAAAGGUCGCAAGACUGGAUGCUGUGAACAAAUUCGCGACAAAUGCCGUGGUGUUGCCCAGCAGACCCUUGCAAUUUUCGCAAGCAGUCUCGUCAGCACCGAGGACGUCGCACCCACACAAAUUGGCCUGGACGUCGUCCUUCUGCAUGCGCUUGACGUCGGCUGCCAUGAGAGCUUUCACGAGAUUCUCGUUGGAUGGGGCGGCUUCGUCGAACGUGAACGGAGCGCCGCACUCUUCCGUCGAACUGAAGUAGUCCUGCGCGAGGCGGCCGCCGCACCAGUCGAAUCCGCACAUGAGCUGUCCUCCGCACAACGCAACGGUGGCAUUCCAUUCGGGAGGCAUCAGUGCAAACGGUGCCACGUUGUGCUCGAACAGCGCUUGAUACGUCUCGAUCACUUGCGACUGGUUUGCAUUGUUUUGGAGCAGCCACUGGUAGUCUGGCACGGUCGAAGCGUUCACGUUCAACAGCAACACCAGUGCUUCUGUCAGGUUCUGGUACAGCCGACGCAGGGACGUCGGACAUGCCACGCGCUUCAUGUCGACCGACCCGAACGGACCCAGCGUUUCUUGGACGAUGUACAGUCCUUGGCUCAGCGGGUACGCCAGCGUCAAGUUUUGCGCCAGCGCGUCGGCCGGCGUGACGUUCUGGAAUGCAAACUGAGGGCUCUGUCGGAUGAGGUGCAAGCCCGCGACCAGCGUCGCGUUGUCUGUGACGGCCCACAGUUCACUCGCGAGGCCCCACGACAUCUUGAAUGAGCUUGGCCUCAACUCGUCUUGCAUUCGAAACAAGCCCCGCGACCGCUUGAUGGUCAGGGGGUACGUGAAGCCGAAAGCGUUCUGGACGUCAAAGGUUUCGACGAUUCCGAGCUGCUUGUAGUUUUGCCAUUGCGUGACAUACUCAGAGAUGCCAUGGGACGUCCACCACAGGACUUCGGCGUCGACAGGGAGGGUGGUCGGCAGCGUCUGCCGCCACACUUUGCCAUCCUGCACCGUGUCCAAGUACGAGUACACCCCAAUAGAGAGUGAAUCGCCCCAGCACGACGUCAGCGACGACCAGUCAACAUUGCGCAGCGGAGCUUCCAAAUACACCGCUCCGUUUUGGCGUUCGGACGCUUGGCACCGCGCCUGCCGCGCCGCCGAGUUGGCCAUUUCCCACUUGCGUCCGAAAUCAACGUAGCAGUACGCCGCCGCAAUCCACGGGACGUCGCACCCUUGCAUGGCGCGGAGGCCAGCCACAACGUUUGGUAGCGUGUUCACUUCGAGCUGGAUCGCGGAUGCGUACAACGGGGGCGAGUACACGACCGUGUCCGUGGCGUUGUAGUGAUUGUCCGUGCCAACUUCGGCAUACCGGAGCUCGUUCAUCUGGAGCUCGACGUUGCGGUCCAUGGUCGGUUCAAGGAGCUGGCGAUUAAACCAGUUGCACAGGUACGUUUGGUGGCCCGUCGUGUUGAAUCCAGCCCACCAAAAGUCGUUCGACAUGAUGUCCUUGACCUGUGCCAAGUACGCCCAGCUGCCCGUCACGGAUGUCGCCAUGUUGAAGAGACCGACGAGGCCGAGGAGGCGAAUGUAUUUGUGUUUUGUGACCGUCUCCGGCGACGUCAGCGGCUUCAUGACAAACUUGGCCACGUCAAAGAGGUACCCGAUGCCGUUGUGCGCCGGCAGCGUCAGGACGAUCCAGCUCGGCGCGUGGAAUAUCGUGUCGCGGUAUGAAAACAUGCCGCACAUGACGCACGCGACUCGGUCCAAAAAGAGCUCGCCGUUCCCGGACUGAAUGAAAAACGCCUGCGCGACGCCGGGAAUGAGCACGUGCGCGACAACGUUUCCAUGCGCACGUUUUCGUCCCGUGACGUUGUAAAACACCUUGACGAGGACGUACGAGAUGGCGAUGCUUCCCGCAUGCACGAUGAAGAGAAGACCAAAUCGCCGGACGCUGCCAAAUUCGACGGUCGCACUCGUGCAGCUCGCGGUCAACCCGACAAACUCGUACGAGCACGUGCGGUCGAUGGUCAACGUCGCCACGUGCGGCGACAAGACUUGAAUCGCAGUCAUGGUGGCCCAAAUGAAAGCCGUGCUGAGCGGCGCGUACACGGUCAGCUCCUGGUCGGUGAACGGGAGGAAAAUGUCGUGGAGGACAAUCGUGAGCCACGUCGACUCGCCUGCAAGGACCAUCGUGUGGACGAGAGGUUUGGGCGUGAACGCAAUGCGGGAGAACCCCAUGUUGUUGGUGAACGUCACGGUGGACGAGCUGAGGAGGAGCAUGGCAGUCAUGCCGCGCAGAAAAAUGAACGGCCGGCCGAUCCAGACGUACCCGAUGACCCAAUUGCACUGAAACAAGUUCCACCACUCGACAUGGAACCCGAUGAAGAACGAGUAAAAGAUCAUAAGGGCCACGACAAAGGUCACGACGAACGAGACGUAGAUCGUCACGAUCCAAAUGUAAAAGCAUCCCUUCCGAGGGAUUUCCAAGUCGUUGGCGACGAGGAAUACCUCUUCCUGUGGCUCCGUCAGCACGGUCAGCGUCGACACGUCGCCUUCAAAGCUGUACACUUCCCGAGCCCCAGUCAUCCAGUCGUGGAGUUGAACCCAGCCGUAGAACGACCACAGGUCACCGGGGGCGACCAACGGCUGCACGAGGAACACGCGAGCUGGGACUUCCUGAACGACGUAGUCUGGGAUCGGGGUCCCAUCGGUUGCCGUGGGAUCGUCGACGACCGUCGAAUUCGUUGGGUCGGAAGCGGCACUGAGUGUUGUCCCGUCGACGUCGCUGGGCGGAGCGUCGGGGACGACCGUGGCAAACUGCAUAAACGAAAUGUUCAACGAGGCCAAAGCCGUCCAUGGCGGCGAAAACAUGGAUGCGAAUCGCGUCGUUUGGUUCCACUUGGCAACGAGCGGCAGGGCCGGCACCAAAGAUGCCAGACACAAGUCCACUGACGUUGACGUGAAUGCACAUACAGACCGAAUCUGGUCGAUCGACAAGCCACUAGCCACCAACGCGAAAACGAUGUUCUCACGUCGAAGAUGAAGCGAAUAUGGUAGUUGUUCCGAGCAGUCAUCCGAAAUGCCAAACGACGGCUGAAUGAAUGCCACGGGAUCGUGCAGGGGGCACAGCAGGUUGCCCCCGUGGUAGUUGUAACCCGCCCAAGCCGAAGGCGUGGGGUCGACAACGGGCUCGCUCAGGUGCAAGUACGCGUGCCGCAACGUGUGAUCGUCUUGUAGGUAUUCGUACAGGUGUUCACGAAACUGGAGAAAAUACGUUCCCAAUGCCGGGGGCACCGCGACCAUGCGAACGUCGAUCGCUCCCAACGGACCGAUGUGAGAUCGUAUGAGAUCGACGCCGGGAUAUCCACUUGCUGCCGCGUACAGCAUGUCCGUGUCCCAGCUCACGCCAAGCGCCGCGGCGUCGUUUGGAGCGCCUCGAACGAUGCUGCAGCCAUACGACGACGCGACAGUCAUGACACUGGCAAAGUUGAGCGAUGUCCAAAAGGUCGAGCCGGGCCCGCGGUCGGGAGACGUGACGGAGAGCGCGCUGAUUGUGAAUCGCUGCUGCAUCCCGAGCGCAUCCUCGAGUAAAAUCGCGUCGUCGAGGCGUUGGGGAUAUGUAUUUUGAAACUGCAGCGUAAAGCGACGGAGCCCCUGCUGCUCCCAGUACCGAAUCUCGUCGGGGAUGGCGAGGACAGUGCCCUGGAGGACCAUUGCGAUCCAUGACGUUGCUAGGUCAGGAUCGACACGGGCCAUCGCAGUCAGCACGGUCUCGUUGAACGUGUCAAACAAGGGCCAAGCCAGGAUUGCCUUGGCCUCGGUGUUGCGCAGCACGGUUUCGACGUACACGGCAGCGUUGUCCUUGUCCGUCGCGGCGCAUCGCGCUUGACGGGCAUCUGUGUGCGCCGCUUCGAACCGGCGAUUGAAGUCGAUCCAACAAAACGGAGUGCGGUACCCAAAGUACGUGUCAAGCGAUUGCAUGCGGAUGGUCGUGAUCGCGGCAUCGAAUGCAAUGCUGUCCAAGAGGACCUGGCGGGGUGCAGAUGCCGGCAGCGUGAGCAGCGAGUCCGAUUCGCCAUACGAACGGAAGAGCGUCGCGUCGCUGCGUGCGACGUCGAACGUUCCAGCUUGAUGGAGCGUGUGCCGGACGUGAAUGAGGUCCCCCAAGUACGUUUGUAUCCCCGUCGAGUUGAAUUGCGGCAACCACAGGUCGUUCUCCAAGUGCGGUUGAACAAUUGUCAGAUACCACGCACUGCAGCUGACAGUCACGACCAAGUAGAUGAACCCGAGCGCUGUGGCAAGUCGGCUCGACUGGCGCGGGCCUCGGAUCACCGGGCCAUCUUCUCUCGCUUCCAAGUAUUUCUCUUUGGUUUGCACAGGAAUGAUGCGGUGGGUCGCCCCGUGGUUGAUCCAGCGCAUGGUGCCGCCUUUGUCGAGUUUGUGUCGGGGCGGCUGCG